AUGCAAAUUCCUGGUCAUCUUCAUAGAAUCCCAGUAAUUUUGGGUAAAAAUCAAAUCGGAGACAAAACCUUGGCGAUUGAUGAAACCUAUGAUGGAUUAACGAAACCUAUGACGAAUGGGCGAAACCUAUGA